AUGGUCAACAAACCCACCACCACCACUACAUCCUUCCCCAACAUCCACGAUGUAAUCAUCAUCGGCGCCGGUCCCUGUGGCCUCGCCGUCGCCGCCAGACUACGCGAAGAAACGCCCUCGGCCAUGUUCACCGACGACGAACACCAACGGUAUCACUGGAUCAAUAAACAUAGUGGGCGGAUGGCGCUGGUGCAAGCGCACCGGGGGAAACUUAAGGGCGUGAAGGCGGAGAAGUGGCGGGGGUUUGAUGCAAGGAGGGGGUCGUCUUCAACAUCUUCUUCUUCUUCUUCUUCUUCUUCUUCUUCUUCUUCUUCUUCUUCUUCUUCUUCUUCGUACUCGUCUGCGUCUUCGCCGCCGUCGUUGGCGUCGUCGGUUUCAUCAGAGCUGGAGGUUGGUGUGGAGGGAGGGGGUAAUGAGACGGGUGGGAUUUCCACGCUGGUGCUGGAUAGUUCCGGAGAGAAGUGGAUGGAGCGAUGGAAUCGGGCAUUUCGAACGUUGGAGAUUGAGCAGCUUCGCAGUCCGAUGUUCUUUCAUGUGGAUCCGAGAGAUCGGGAUGGGAUGUUGGCGUAUACGCAGGAGGCGAGUCGGGAGGAGGAUCUCUGGGAGAUUUCGGGCUGUGGUGUAUGGGCUGAUGGGUAUAGGGCUGUUGGAGAGGUGGAGAUUGAUGAACGAGAUCGCAAGGAUUACUUCUCGCCUUCGACGGGCCUGUUUGCGGAUUAUUGUGGGAGUAUUGUGUCUCGGUAUGGGCUGGACUCGCCGGGGAUGAUCAGGAAGUGUGAGGUGAAUGAUAUAUGCUACGAUUAUCAUCCUGAGUGGUCGCCAUCGGACAAGAUCUUUACGGUUACGACGGCCGACGGGACACGGUUCUAUAGUCGUGUGGUGGUGAUGGCGAUUGGGCCGGGGAGGACGAAGAUCAUGCCGUUCCAGCUGUCCGGGGAUGAGGUGCACGGUGCUUGUCAUAGCACUGAGAUUGGCACGUUUCCCAGUCCGAAUGUGAAGGCCAAGAUCAAGCAGCGUCAGGAGACGAAUGUGGUGGUGGUUGGAGGCGGGCUGUCGUCAGCGCAGGUCGUGGACAUGGCCCUUCGCAAAGGAGUGACCAAAGUAUGGUUUCUUUUGAGGUCGGAUUUCAAAGUCAAGCACUUCGAUCUGGCAUUAAACUGGAUGGGUAAGUUCAAGAACUUCGAAAAGGCAACUUUUUGGUCCGCAGAUACGGAUGAAGAGCGCCUAGAAAUGAUCAAAGCCGCGCGCAACGGGGGCAGUAUCACGCCACGAUAUCAGAAGAUUCUGAAGAAACAUGUGGCCUGUCACCGACUUUCUAUACACCCACGGACCGUCAUCUGCGGCCGAGAGUACUGCGCCUCCUCACGCACAUGGCGUCUGACGACCGAUCCUCCGAUUCCCGAUCUCCCUCGCAUCGAUUAUAUAUACUUUGCAACGGGCAUGCAGGCCGAUGUAAACGAGCUUCCGCUGCUCCGGAGCAUGAAUCGGGAUUAUCCAAUUGAAACGAAACAGGGGUUGCCUUGCAUCACGGAUGACCUGAUGUGGCAAUCCCAGGUGCCUCUCUUCUUAACGGGCCGGCUGGGGUCCCUUCGUCUGGGCCCGGGUGCCGCCAAUCUCGAGGGAGCGAGGCUGGGAGCAGAGCGAAUUGCGUGGGCCAUGGAGGAGGUAUUGGGUCGAAAAGGUUCAGAGGAUACGGGGUCUGAACGAUCCAAGCAAUGUUUCUGCGGGUUGGGGAAUCGAUAUGCUGAACUGGCUGACGUGGAUGGGUGA